AACUAUAAAUCAGGAUGACUUUUUACCUUGGAGAAAUUGCUCUGUCGAUAAGUUUAAUUUAAAUGAUAACAAUGUGACGUUUAUUCAAUCUAAGGCGUUUGGACAUUUGCCCAAAUUAGGUACUCUGAACAUGAACAAUAUCAAGUUAGCUACUUUCGACGUCCGGUAUUUCAUGGGCCAUGUUGAAAUCGAGCGACUUCUGAUUGAUUCUUCAGGCAUUAAGUACAUUCAUCCAGCGAACAUAUCGUCGAUGCGAAAAGAAAAUGUGCCACUGAUUAAAGACCUUAAGUUAGAUUUAAACAUCUUAAAACAUAUUCCAGGGUUUGCUCUGCGUGGUCUGGAAAAACUGCAAGUCCUGAGCCUUGGAGGAAAUCGUAUAUCUAACAUCAAUAAUGAAUCAUUUUGUGGCUUACAUGCACUGGUAAACAUAAAUUUGUAUGGGAAUAGAAUACAGUCACUUCCACGCGCCUCGUUCGCUUGCGCCUCAAACCUCAAGAAAAUUGAUUUGUCACGUAAUAACCUCGUGACAUUAAAUCCCCAAUGGUUUGACGGAUCAUUGUUUCUUCGUAGCCUGGUGAUAGAUCAAAGUGGCAUCCGUAGCAUUACGUUCAGACCAUGGGAGGUAACUAAUCUUCAGACUCUUGUUCUUACAAAAAACUUUAUAAAAACCCUUUAUCAUGAAACCUUCACUGGGUUGGAAAAUUUGAAAGCACUUAAUCUUUCUGGCAAUGCCAAACGUUUGCGAAUAUUAGGGGACGCCCUCACUUCAGUCGGUUCCUUAGAAUUAUUCGACAUGUCGCAUUCAAAUGAAUUCACCAUGAAAGGUUCGUUUAAAAAUAUGCAAAAUCUACUUAAUCUGGAUAUUUCAUAUAGCCCGUUGAAAAUUUCAUCAAUUGACCAGUUUACGAACACACAUGCGCUGAGGGUUCUCAAUAUGUCGCGGUCAAAUCUCAAAGUUAAGGAUUUAGUUGAUUUAAAGACAGGAACAUCGUUGUUCUCAGGCUUGGUCUCCUUGCGGAUUCUUAAACUACGGCAAAACUCUUUAAAUACCACGCACGCUCUUCCUGGCAUAUUUACCCCGCUUAGAAAUCUUGUUGAGCUAGACUUAACAAGUUGUUGUAUAAAACAAGUUGCCUCAAGAACAUUUGCAAACUUAACGACCCUGCUUCAGCUUAGUCUGCAAGACAAUGACUUAACCAGUAUUCCGAAGGACGCUUUUCAAGGUUUGCAAAAUUUACAGGUGUUGCGGCUGCAGAAUAAUUUAAUUAAAUUCAUCCAUCAAGGGCUGUUUAUGGGCACAAAUGAACUUGAACAGUUGUACUUACAAAAUAAUCACAUUUCGACCGUAGCCUCCAACACUUUCAUGCCGUCAAGUUUGAUUAGAUUCAAUAUUGCAUACAAUCCCUUGACCUGCGAUUGCCAACUUGCCUGGUUUAGACAAUGGUUGAACGAGGUCGAAGGAAAAAUAGAUCUUGCUCCCAAAAAUCAAACCCGUUGUUCUAGCAGCUCCUUAAAGGUGUUGGUCAAUCAAAUAAUUUGGUCGUUCCAUCCGGAUGAAUAUUGUGGCAUCAAUACCAUGAUUAUCGUUUCCGCCUGUUUUGCGCCGAUUUUAGUUUUAACCCUCGGUAUACUCGUGUAUCUGAACCGAUGGUGGAUAAACUAUAAGUUGUAUCUCCUCAAGUUGGCCAUCGUUGGUUACCAUGAGAUCACUGAAGAUCGAAAUCCGGAGGACUAUGAAUUCCAACUCAACCUCAUGUUUCAUGACGACGACGAAUGGUGGGUAAAUGACUGCAUGAAACCUUUUCUGGAGCAGAGGAUGCCUCAUCUGGAGCGCGUCAUAUUUGGCGAUGCUGAUCUUCACCCAGGAUCGUUCUACUUGAACGCCAUCUAUGACGUCAUCGAAAACAGCCACAAGACAAUAUUGUUGCUUAGCAACCAGUCUGUAGAUGAUACCUGGUACAUGACCAAGCUCCGUAUGACAGUGGAGCACAUGAAUGACACCAAGUUGGAGAAGGUCAUCCUGAUUUUCCUUGAAGACAUCGAUGAUGACCAUUUACCGUACCUUGUUAGACUCUUGCUGAGUCGGAACAAGCCUUAUUUGUUGUGGACAGAGGAUGAAGAAGGUCAAGAGGUCUUCUGGGCAAAGGUCCAGAAGAGCAUGAGAUCAAACCGGCAAAUGAACAAUGUUAUACCCGUUUAAGAAGAAGGUUGAGUUCCGGUCCUAAGACUUUAGUGUAAAGUCAGCUGUCCGAAGCAAUUACCAUGAUUGGGAAAGGUUGAUCAUCGUUAUACAAGGUAGCACACAUAAGUGGUGUUUACUGUGAUGUUUUGAAAUCAUGCAAAUGAUAAGAAAAUCGAACAGUUGUGUUGAAAGUCUCUAGCAAUGAAUACCAUGAACACAGAAGUGUGUGUAUUGGACUACAGAAAUAUGUGGCAUGACAGGUUAAAUUGUCCAAACUCUUCAGCUGUUUUUUGUGAUAUUUCGAAUGUGAGGGCAUUUGAAGAGCGACUCCUAUCGAUGGACAUUUCUACGGUGAUACUCUCACAAAAUUACGUUAAAAAACAAGAAAGCUUGCAAUCAUUUUCUCAUAUUUGCAAAAACUCAACCUUUUCUUGGAUUUUACAUACGUAUGGUGGUGUGACCAUAGUUCGCGUGUGAACUUCAUUCGCCGACUGUUCCAUAUCUCAAAAAAAAAAUCGGUAAGAUUUCGAAAUUCUGAUAUCACCAAGGUUCUGGAAAUGUUCAUUUUGACAGACAAUGUCAUCAAAAUUGUUUGUCGAAAGUGACACCAACUGAUUGUUUGAUAUACUGAGUUGCAAUUUAU